GGUCGAGGUGCAAGUUCUCAAGUUCUGCAUGCAGUCUCGGUUCAACAACGUCUGACGUUCUCCAUGAGCGCAAGGCCAUUUCGCUCACGGCGGUCUCAUCAAAAGUCUAGACACGGCUGUGCAGAAUGUAAAAGGCGGCGUAUCAAGUGCGAUGAGACCACCCCAGUAUGCACCAACUGCGGGAAUCGUGGGCAGGAAUGCUCGUUCGCCUCAGUCAGUCCAGCCAAUUCGACAAUAUCUAGUGGCUCGCCUUCAUCCGGCACUCCGCGAGGCCAAGAUCCCCAGGCGAGACGUUUUGAACCUCGAGUAUUCUCAAAUGGAGGUCGCCAACAGACCUUUCGACUGGCGACCUCCAAGAGGGGCCAACGCGCGCCUCGGAAUGAGCCAGCAGACUCGCCGGCCGAGUCCUCGCUUUCCGACGGCAUCUCCAUAGCUGAUCUUCGUCUGUUUCAUCAUUAUUCCAUCUCAACAUGCUUCACACUGACCGAGGACAACGAUCCAAAUGGAGUGAUGCAGAAACACAUCGCCCAGUGGGGCAUGGAUUUCCCUUCUAUCUUGCAUCUGAUCCUCGCUCUGGCUGCGUGGCAUUUGGCCUACCUGACUCCCGAAUCUCGCAACAGCUACAUCUCACAAGCGGAGAAUCACUUCACUUCUGGUGUGCGUAUUGUGACUCGCGAACUUGCCAAUUUCAACGUCGACAACUGCCAGAAGAUCUACAUGUCAGCUGUACUGGUAUGUCUCGCAUACUUUGCCCGCGGGCCCCAACCUGGCGAAUACCUCAUUUUUAGCGAUAGCGGCAUUUCCGAAUGGCAGAGACUCCUAAGAGGAGUCAAGGUCAUCGUCACUACGUAUCGCCAUGAGGUUUUCAGUGGAGUUUUGGCGCCCGGGGAGGGCGGGGAGUCGGGGGCAAUGAGCGAGUCUUUGUGCGUCGAGCUCAGGGAACACACUAAAGAAGUCAAGACCCUCGGACAAUUCGUCAUGCAGAAUAUCAAUACCCAGCCGAAUCGGUCGAUGUAUCAGUCGGCCAUUGACGAUCUACUGAUGAUCAUGCAAGAUGUCUACAAAAAACUGGUGGUCAAUGACCCCGGUGUUGGCUUGAUGCCCUCUUUGAUGGGUUGGCUCUACCGACUCCCUGAUGAAUUCGUGUGUCUCCUGGAACAGAAAGAGCCAUUUUCUCUGAUGAUAUUGUCUCACUGGGCGGUCAUUCUGAGAUACAUGGAGAGUGUAUGGUUCAUGGAGGGCUGGUCUCAGCAUGUGCUGCGAGGGAUAUCGGCCAAUCUCAGUGCUGACUUUCAACCUCACAUUUCGUGGCCUAUUCAGCGGAUAACUGAGAAUUGA